CCGUGGGUGACACCGUGGGCGUCAGCCUGUACGAUAGGGUGUGGGACGUGUGAGGUGUGCUACAUGGAAGCGUGAGACUAUUAGACUGUGACAGUGUGUGACACCACAUGUCUCGUGUAAGGAUGUGUGACACCGGGACCCCAUUCGAGUGUGUGGCUGUGGGUGUCUGUGUUGCGCUGCUGUUUGUGACCCCCUGUGACUAUGAUGUGUGAGGUGCGGUGGUGCAGCAUGUGCGGGGCGACUUCUGUGAAGGUUCGAGUGUGUAGAGUGUGUGAUACUGUGGCUGUGAAGCUGUGCGUGAUGUGUGGGCCUAUGACACUGUUUGUGAUUGCCAGGGAGUGUGCGGCUGUGUGUGACAGGUGCAUUUGUGUGUGACGCUGCGUGGGCGGUGGUGACCCUAUUGGAUUUGUGUGGUGGUGGGUGACACCGUUCCAGUGUGGACGCCGCGUGUGAUGGCGUGAGGGUGUGACCCCGUGAGACCCCACAGGAGGGAGUGACGGCGCGCGAGCGCGUGGAUUCGGGGGCCUCACCUUCCCCGAUGGCGCAGGUACCAGGGGAAGUGGACAACAUGGAGGGCCUGCCUGCCCCUAACAACAACAACCCUGCUGCCCGCUGGGAGAGUCCGGAUCGGGGCUGGGAGCGGGAGCAGCCAGCUGCGUCCACCGCAGCGGCCUCGCUGUUUGAGUGCUCCCGGAUCAAGGCCUUGGCAGAUGAGCGGGAAGCCGUGCAGAAGAAAACCUUCACCAAGUGGGUGAACUCGCACCUCGCCCGCGUGGGCUGCCACAUCGGGGACCUCUAUGUGGACCUCCGGGACGGCUUCGUGCUCACGCGGCUCCUGGAAGUGCUGUCUGGGGAGCAGCUGCCCAGGCCCACGCGCGGCCGCAUGCGGAUCCACUCACUGGAGAACGUGGACAAGGCGCUGCAGUUUCUGAAGGAGCAGCGCGUGCACCUGGAGAACGUGGGUUCGCAUGACAUCGUGGAUGGGAAUCACCGGCUGACGCUGGGGCUGGUCUGGACCAUCAUCCUGCGCUUCCAGAUUCAAGUCAUCAAAAUUGAGACUGAGGACAACAGAGAGACACGCUCAGCCAAGGAUGCUCUGCUCUUGUGGUGUCAGAUGAAGACAGCUGGUUACCCUGAGGUAAACAUCCAGAAUUUCACCACCAGCUGGCGGGAUGGCUUGGCCUUCAAUGCCCUCAUUCACCGGCACAGGCCCGAUCUCGUGGACUUCAGCAAACUCACCAAGUCCAACGCCAACUACAACCUGCAGAGAGCCUUCCGCACAGCUGAGCAGCACCUGGGGCUGGCGCGGCUGCUGGAUCCUGAAGAUGUGAACAUGGAGGCUCCAGAUGAGAAGUCCAUCAUCACCUACGUGGUCUCUUUCUACCACUAUUUCUCCAAGAUGAAGGCUCUGGCUGUGGAGGGGAAGCGUAUCGGGAAGGUCUUGGACCAGGUGUUGGAGGUGGGGAAGAUCAUAGAACGCUACGAGGAGCUGGCGGCCGAGCUACUGGCCUGGAUCCACCGCACCGUGGGCCUCAUCAGCAACCAGAAAUUUGCCAACUCCUUAAGUGGGGUGCAGCAGCAACUCCAGGCUUUCACGGCCUAUUGCACGCUGGAGAAGCCUGUCAAGUUCCAGGAGAAGGGGAACCUAGAGGUGCUGCUCUUCAGCAUCCAGAGCAAACUGCGUGCCUGCAACCGCCGCCUCUUUGUGCCUCGGGAGGGCUGUGGCAUCUGGGAUAUUGACAAGGCAUGGGGUGAGCUGGAGAAGGCUGAGCAUGAGCGGGAGGCUGCCCUACGGGCUGAGCUGAUUCGGCAGGAGAAGCUGGAACUACUGGCACAGAGGUUUGACCACAAGGUGGCUAUGAGGGAGAGCUGGCUGAAUGAGAACCAACGUCUGGUCUCCCAGGACAACUUUGGGUAUGAGCUGCCCGCAGUGGAGGCAGCCAUGAAGAAACAUGAAGCGAUCGAGGCAGACAUUGCGGCCUACGAGGAGCGGGUGCAGGGUGUGGCGGAGCUGGCCCAGGCAUUGGCGGCCGAAGGCUACUACGAUAUCCGGCGGGUGGCAGCCCAGCGUGACAGCGUCCUGCGCCAGUGGGCCCUGCUAACUGGGCUUGUGGGUGCCCGGCGGACACGGCUCGAGCAGAACCUGGCCCUGCAGAAGGUCUUCCAGGAGAUGGUGUACAUGGUGGACUGGAUGGAGGAGAUGCAGGCUCAGCUGCUAUCCCGGGAGUGUGGGCAGCACCUGGUGGAGGCGGACGACCUGUUGCAGAAGCAUGGACUGCUGGAGGGAGACAUUGCGGCCCAGAGCGAGCGGGUGGAGGCUCUCAAUGCCGCUGCCCUGCGCUUCUCCCAGCUGCAGGGCUACCAGCCCUGCGACCCGCAGGUCAUCUGCAACCGCGUGAACCACGUGCACGGCUGCCUGGCGGAGCUGCAGGAGCAGGCAGCGCGGCGACGCGCGGAGCUGGAGGCCUCACGGAGCCUGUGGGCGCUGCUGCAGGAGCUGGAGGAGGCCGAGAGCUGGGCGCGCGACAAGGAGCGUCUCCUGGAGGCUGCGGGCGGCGGCGGUGCGGCGGGCGCAGCGGGCGCAGCGGGCGCAGCGGGCGGCGCGCAUGACCUGUCCAGCACCGCGCGCCUCCUGGCCCAGCACAAGAUCCUGCAGGGCGAGCUGGGCGGGCGGCGGGCGUUGCUGCAGCAGGCCCUGCGGUGUGGCGAGGAGCUGGUUGCGGCCGGCGGUGCCGUCGGCCCGGGAGCAGAGACGGUGCACCUGGUGGGCCUGGCAGAGCGUGCGGCAAGCGCCCGGCGCCGCUGGCAGAGGCUGGAAGAGGCGGCUGCGCGGCGAGAGCGGCGGCUGCAGGAGGCGCGGGCGCUGCACCAGUUCGGCGCUGACCUCGACGGGCUGCUGGACUGGCUUCGCGACGCUUACCGCCUGGCAGCCGCCGGUGACUUCGGCCACGACGAAGCUUCCAGCCGCCGCCUGGCGCGCCAGCACCGCGCGCUCACCGGGGAGGUGGAGGCACAUCGCGGGCCCGUGAGCGGCCUGCGGCGCCAGCUGGCGACACUCGGGGGUGCCAGUGGCGCAGGGCCACUGGUAGUGGCGCUGCAGGUGCGCGUGGUGGAAGCAGAGCAGUUGUUCGCUGAGGUGACCGAAGUGGCGGCGCUGCGGCGCCAGUGGCUGCGGGACGCGCUCGCCGUCUACCGCAUGUUUGGCGAGGUGCACGCGUGUGAGCUGUGGAUCGGCGAGAAGGAGCAAUGGCUGCUCUCCAUGCGUGUGCCGGAUUCACUCGACGACGUCGAGGUGGUGCAGCACCGAUUCGAGAGCCUGGACCAAGAGAUGAACAGCCUGAUGGGCCGCGUUCUGGACGUGAACCACACGGUCCAGGAGCUGGUGGAAGGAGGCCACCCCAGUUCAGAUGAGGUGCGUUCCUGCCAGGACCACCUCAACAGCAGGUGGAACCGCAUCGUGGAGCUAGUGGAACAGCGCAAAGAGGAAAUGAGCGCGGUGCUCCUGGUGGAGAACCACGUACUGGAGGUGGCCGAGGUGCGCGCCCAGGUGCGUGAGAAGCGGCGAGCUGUGGAGAGCGCGCCCCGGGCCGGCGGCGCCCUGCAGUGGCGUCUUAGCGGCCUAGAGGCCGCUCUGCAGGCGCUGGAGCCGCGCCAGGCGGCCCUUCUGGAGGAGGCAGCUCUACUGGCUGAGCGCUUCCCGGCGCAGGCGGCGCGGCUGCACCAGGGCGCGGAAGAGCUGGGCGCCGAGUGCGGGGCGCUAGCCAGCGCGGCUCAGGCCUGCGGCGAGGCGGUGGCGGCAGCAGGGCGCCUGCAGCGCUUCCUACAUGACCUCGACGCUUUCCUGGACUGGCUCGUGCGCGCCCAGGAGGCGGCGGGCGGCAGCGAGGGGCCCCUGCCCAACAGCCUAGAAGAGGCGGACGCGCUGCUGGCGCGCCACGCUGCGCUCAAGGAGGAAGUGGACCAGCGCGAGGAAGACUAUGCUCGCAUCGUGGCGGCCAGCGAGGCGCUGCUGGCCGCCGACGGCGCAGAGCUGGGCCCGGGUCUGGUACUAGACGAGUGGCUGCCACACCUCGAACUUGGCUGGCAUAAACUGCUCGGCUUGUGGGAGGCGCGCAGGGAGGCGCUGGUCCAGGCGCACAUCUACCAGCUCUUCCUGCGGGAUCUUCGCCAGGCCCUCGUGGUGCUGCGUAACCAGGAGAUGGCGCUGUCUGGUGCGGAGCUCCCGGGCACAGUGGAAUCGGUGGAGGAGGCCUUGAAACAGCACCGUGAUUUUCUCACCACCAUGGAGCUGAGCCAGCAAAAGAUGCAGGUGGCUGUGCAGGCUGCGGAGGGCCUGCUGAGGCAGGGCAACAUCUACGGGGAGCAGGCUCAGGAGGCUGUGACCCGGCUGCUGGAGAAGAACCAAGAAAACCAGUUACGGGCCCAGCAAUGGAUGCAAAAGCUACAUGACCAACUUGAGCUGCAGCACUUCCUCCGAGACUGCCACGAGCUGGAUGGCUGGAUCCAUGAGAAGAUGCUGAUGGCGCGGGAUGGCACACGGGAGGACAGCCACAAGCUGCAUAAGAGAUGGCUCCGGCACCAGGCAUUCAUGGCCGAGCUGGCUCAGAAUAAGGAGUGGCUGGAGAAGAUCGAGAGGGAGGGCCAGCAACUGAUGCAGGAGAAGCCCGAACUGGCGGCCUCUGUGCGGAAGAAGCUGGGCGAGAUCCGCCAGUGCUGGGCGGAGCUGGAGAGCACCACCCAGGCCAAGGCACGGCAGCUCUUUGAGGCCAGCAAAGCAGACCAGCUGGUGCAGAGCUUUGCUGAGCUGGACAAGAAGCUCCUUCACAUGGAGAGCCAGCUGCAAGACGUGGACCCUGGAGGGGACCUGGCCACUGUCAACAGUCAGCUUAAGAAGCUGCAGUCCAUGGAGUCGCAGGUGGAGGAGUGGUACCGCGAGGUGGGAGAGCUGCAGGCGCAGACGGCGGCGCUGCCGCUGGAGCCGGCGAGCAAGGAGCUGGUGGGCGAGCGGCAGAACGCGGUGGGCGAGCGCCUGGUGCGCCUGCUCGAGCCGUUGCAGGAGCGCCGCCGCUUGCUGCUGGCCUCCAAGGAGUUGCACCAGGUGGCGCACGACCUGGACGACGAGCUGGCAUGGGUUCAGGAGCGGCUGCCACUGGCCAUGCAGACAGAGCGAGGCAACGGUUUGCAGGCGGUCCAGCAGCACAUCAAAAAGAACCAGGGCCUGCGGCGGGAGAUCCAGGCGCACGGGCCGCGCCUGGAGGAGGUGCUGGAGCGCGCGGGCGCGCUGGCGUCGCUGCGCAGCCCGGAGGCAGAGGCAGUGCGUCGGGGCCUGGAGCAGCUGCAGAACGCCUGGGCCGGACUGCGGGAGGCUGCCGAGCGACGGCAGCAGGCGCUGGACGCCGCCUUCCAGGUGGAGCAGUACUACUUCGACGUGGCUGAGGUGGAGGCGUGGCUGGGCGAGCAGGAGCUGCUCAUGAUGAGUGAGGACAAGGGCAAGGACGAACAGAGCACCCUGCAGCUGCUCAAGAAACACCUGCAGCUGGAGCAAGGCGUGGAGAACUACGAGGAAAGCAUCGCGCAGCUGUCGCGCCAGUGCCGGGCGCUGCUGGAGAUGGGACACCCGGACAGCGAGCAGAUCAGCCGGCGGCAGUCUCAGGUGGACCGCCUGUACGUGGCACUCAAGGAGCUGGGUGAGGAGCGCCGGGUGGCUCUGGAACAGCAGUACUGGCUGUACCAGCUCAGCCGCCAGGUGAGCGAGCUUGAGCACUGGAUUGCCGAGAAGGAGGUGGUGGCUGGCUCACCCGAGCUCGGCCAGGACUUUGAGCAUGUCUCGGUGCUGCAGGAGAAAUUCUCAGAGUUCGCCAGCGAGACAGGUACGGCAGGGCGGGAACGGCUGGCAGCUGUGAACCAGAUGGUGGAUGAGCUGAUCGAGUGUGGCCAUACAGCAGCGGCCACCAUGGCCGAGUGGAAGGACGGACUGAACGAGGCCUGGGCUGAGCUGCUGGAGCUCAUGGGCACACGGGCCCAGCUGCUGGCCGCCUCUCGGGAGCUUCAUAAGUUCUUCAGUGACGCCCGAGAGCUUCAGGGACAGAUUGAGGAGAAGCGGAGGCGGCUGCCCCGCCUGACCACCCCGCCUGAGCCGAGACCCAGCGCCAGUUCCAUGCAGCGGACCCUGAGAGCCUUUGAGCAUGACCUGCAGCUCCUCGUGUCCCAGGUACGGCAGCUGCAGGAGGGGGCGGCCCAGCUGCGGACGGUGUAUGCGGGUGAACAUGCCGAGGCCAUCGCUAGCCGGGAGCAGGAGGUGCUGCAGGGUUGGAAAGAGCUGCUGUCAGCCUGCGAGGAUGCCCGCCUGCACGUCAGCUCCACGGCCGACGCCCUGCGCUUCCACAGCCAAGUCCGCGACCUGCUCUCCUGGAUGGAUGGCAUCGCCAGCCAGAUUGGGGCAGCCGACAAGCCCAGGGACGUGUCAUCAGUGGAGGUGCUCAUGAACUACCACCAGGGCUUGAAGACUGAGCUGGAGGCGCGGGUGCCUGAGCUGACCACCUGCCAGGAGCUGGGGCGAUCUCUGCUGCUCAACAAAAGUGCCAUGGCUGAUGAGAUCCAGGCACAGCUGGACAAGCUGGGAACAAGGAAGGAGGAGGUGUCGGAAAAGUGGGACCGCCAUUGGGAGUGGCUGCAGCAGAUGCUGGAGGUGCACCAGUUUGCCCAGGAGGCGGUGGUGGCUGAUGCCUGGCUGACAGCCCAGGAGCCGCUCCUGCAGAGCCGGGAGCUGGGCAGCAGCGUGGAUGAGGUGGAGCAGCUUAUCCGGCGACACGAGGCCUUCCGCAAAGCGGCUGCAGCCUGGGAAGAGAGGUUCAGCUCUCUGCGGCGCCUGACGACGAUCGAGAAAAUCAAGGCGGAACAGAGCAAGCAGCCGCCCACCCCACUGCUGGGGCGCAAGUUCUUUGGGGACCCCACGGAACUGGCGGCCAAGGCGGCGCCCCUGCUGCGGCCAGGGGGCUAUGAAAGGGGCUUGGAGCCCCUGGCCCGCCGGGCCUCGGACACGCUCUCCGCCGAGGUGCGGACUCGGGUUGGGUAUGUGCGCCAGGAGCUCAAGCCCGAGCGCCUCCAGCCGCGCAUUGACCGGCUGCCGGAGAUCCCGGGGAGGGUGGAGCCUGCGGCCCUGCCUGCCGCACCAGAGGACGCGGCGGAGACCCCCGCGACCCCCGCGGCCCCUGUGGCGGCGGAGCAGGUCCGGCCACGGCCGGAGCGCCAGGAGUCGGCUGAUCGCGCAGAGGAGCUGCCCAGGAGGCGGCGGCCCGAGCGGCAAGACUCAGUCGAUCAAUCUGAGGAGGCCGCGCGGAGGCGGCGGCCGGAGCGGCAGGAGUCAGCGGAGCACGACGCGGCACACAGCCUUACCCUGGGCCGCUACGAGCAGAUGGAGCGGCGGCGCGAGCGGCGUGAGCGGCGCUUGGAGCGGCAGGAGUCCAGCGAACAGGAGAUGCCCAUCAGAGGGGACCUGGUCAAAGGGAAGGCCACCCUGGCUGACAUUGUGGAACAGCUGCAGGAGAAAGAGGCAGGCCCAGGGCUGCCUGCUGGGCCGUCGCUGCCUCAGCCACGCGAGCUUCCCCCAGGUCGCCUGCCCAACGGGCUUGAGCUGCCCGAGCGGACACCUCGGCCGGACCGGCCCCGGGCGCGGGACCGGCCCAAGCCGCGACGGCGGCCGCGGCCCAGAGAGGGUGGUGAGGGCGGGGGAAGCCGGCGCUCGCGCUCCGCCCCGGCCCAGGGCGGCUCCGCCCCCGCGCCUCCGCCACCGCCCACUCACACAGUGCAGCACGAGGGCUUCCUACUGCGCAAGCGCGAGCUCGAUGCAAACCGCAAGUCGUCCAACCGGUCGUGGGUGAGCCUGUACUGUGUGCUUAGUAAGGGGGAACUGGGCUUCUACAAGGACUCCAAGGGCCCGGCAUCCGGGAGCACACACGGUGGGGAACCGCUGCUCAGCCUGCACAAGGCCACCAGCGAGGUGGCUAGUGACUACAAGAAAAAGAAGCAUGUCUUCAAGCUCCAGACCCAGGAUGGCAGUGAGUUUUUGCUCCAGGCAAAAGAUGAGGAGGAGAUGAACGGCUGGCUGGAGGCUGUGGCUUCCUCCGUGGCGGAACACGCAGAGAUCGCCCGCUGGGGCCAGACACUACCCACUACUUCAUCCACAGAUGAGGGCAACCCUAAGAGGGAAGGCGGAGAUCGCAGGGCCAGCGGGCGCAGGAAGUGACUUCCCACCCCCAGGACCUGACACAUCUCGUCUCCCCUCUUUUCCGCACUGUGGGCACAAAGACACUUUUCUUCCGUAGGGGCGGGAGCCCCUAGUUCCAACACUGAGGACGCGUGACCUGGUGGGCACCGGAAAGGAGGGGACUUCUCCUGCACCUCAAGAAGUGGUGGGGAGAUUGCUGCCCCUAUAGCCAUAUCUCGGCCCCUUCCCACUCACCACCCCCACCCCAGGUGCUGGGGCUCCCUUAUUUUUAUGCAAUAACUGAGCUUGAUGGGGGUGGGCAGGGGGCCAGCUGAGCCAAGCCCUCAGCCCCGAUCUGCAGAUCCUGCCCCAAGAAGCUGGGGUGGUGGGGGCGGUAAUUCCUGCCCCCCUCUCUGCCCUAGGGAUGGGCACGGGGGUGCUGGUGAGGUCCCCUGGACCAUCCAGGGUGCUAGGGGGCAGGGAGGGGACACCUCCUCCCCGCCUUUACCUCACUUCCAAUGCUGCCUUGAUCUCUGUCUGGGAGGGGGGAGUGAAGGGGCCCUAGCCCUUGCACUCCGCCGCCUCAGAGCCAUGCGGUUAAUUCCUGACUUAGUUUAUUUUUGCAAAACGUCGAUCUCCUCCUCCCCCGCCCCGCAUCCGCGAAGGCUUUUAAUGGGAGGGGCGUCAAAGCUCAAAACUGUUUUCCUCUCUCCUCCUCCCUCCAGUUGUAAAUGCCACUUCAUGAGGGGAGGGGCGAGGGGAAGCCCUCCCCCUGCAUGCUUCUGGCUGGAGCACCUCCCUGGGGAGUGGGGGGAUUGGGUUGUGGGCAGUCCCCAUGGCCGCCUGGAGAAGCCGCUGUGGCCCGGGGGUGUGGGGCGGUAUGGCGGGCGCACACUGUAUGUACCUAUAAUAAACCCUUUGGCUUUGA